AUGCCGUUCGGCCUCACCAACGCCCCCGCGACUUUCCAGAGCGCCAUGAACGAGCUAUUCCGACCGUAUUUGUGGAAGUUCGUUCUCGUCUUCUUCAACGACAUUCUCGUGUACAUCACAACGUGGGCGGAGCAUCUGCAGCAAGUGAACAUGGUGUUGGACCGCUUACAAAAACAACAGUGGGUGGCCAACAGGAAGAAGAGUGAAUUUGGGGAAACCUCGAUCAGGGAAGUCGAUUUACGAGUAGGAGCUCAUGGCGGUGGUAAUGGCGAUCCAGCACUAGCGGCCACAUUUGUUGGGUCAAAGAGGAUAACCACUCAAGCUCAACAACAUUGGAUUUCCAAACUCCUUGGCUAUGAUUUCGAGACUGUGUUCCGAACGGGAACCACUAAUAAAGUAGCUGACGCAUUGUCACGAAAGGAAGGAACCAAGAAACACAAUCUAGGGAUGGAGAAGGAACUGAAGGGAAUGAUGAGGCCGUACUGGAAGGAUUUUCAGGAAGUGGUAAAGGAGGAAGAAGAAGAUGAAGAUUUAAAGAAGAUUAUGGCAGACAUCACCCGGAUCCAGAUAAGUACUCCUCAUUCACGAUGGAGAAUGGGCGACUACAUUACGAAGGAAGAUUCGUCAUCUCGGCCAAGUCAGACUGGGUCCCGAAACUGCUGA